AUGGAGGCGCCGGGUGGCUUCGCGCCGAUGCCCGCUGCGCUCAAGCAAGCUGCGACCGAGCAGCUCGAGUAUCACAUGUUCGUCGGCCUCUUCCCCGAGAUCCACCGCGCGUGGCUCACCAUCGACCACAUGCUCUUCCUCUGGGACUACAACCACCCGUCGGGAAGCUUUUACCAGUACGACGGGCUCGAGCAGACGAUCAUCAACGCGGCGCUGGUGCCCUGCAAGCCAGGCGUCUUUGCGGCCGAGGCGACGCCGCGCCACCUCCUCCUCCUCUCGACGCCCUCAGAGGUGGUGGUGCUCGCCGUCUACCCGACCGGACCCGCAGGCAGCAGAGACGGAGGGGCGAGGGAGGGGCGAGGGGAGGGAGGGGUCCGGUCACCCCGCGGCGGGACGGCCGUAGGCGCGGAGGACUCGACGAUCGACAUCCACGAGACCGGCUUCGCCGUCCCGUCCGACGGCGACUCGGCUGGCUUGGCUGGGCUUGCUGGCGCGAGACAGUUCCGCGUCAACUUCGUGGCGAUGGCGCACACGCCGUGCGGCCGCGUCUUCAUGGCGGGCGCCGACGGCUUCCUCCACGAGCUGCAGUACGGCUUCUCCGAGCGCUGGCUCGGCGGGUCGCACCGGAUGUGCCAAAAGAAGAACGUGUCGCGCAAGCGGGACCGCGCGUACAACUUC